AGAAGUUAUAAACAACAGCGAGCCCUUUUCAAAACCCCCCAGGCUGAACUCUGAAGCCUAAAAAUGUCGAUAGAAUCGCAGUCAGUGACUGAAGAAGAAGAAGAAAUAGGAAUCGAACAGCCAGCGCACCACCCACCUGCUCCCGCCGACGAGUUAUUCGACAUCUCAACCACGGUUGAUCCUAGUUAUGUUAUAUCCUUGAUAAGGAAACUUCUACCACCAACCAUGAAUACGACUACUACUUCUGACAUGAUUAGUGGCUGUGAUUCCGCUACUGAAGGAACAAAUGGAAGCUUAGUAUCACAAGCUGAAGAUCAAAUUUUGGAAAACAGACAUGAGACCAUGGACAUCAUUGAUCAGAUCAACAACUCUAAUGAUCAAGAGAAGCAUGUGGAUCCCUUAGUUGGAGACGAAUCUUGGGAAGAACAUGGAUGCAUAUUAUGGGACCUUGCAACAAGCAAAACACAUGCUGAACUCAUGGUUCAAAAUCUGGUUCUUGAAGUUAUCUUGGCAACUCUGACUGUUUCCCAGUCACCACGUGUCACUGAGAUUAGUCUUGGAAUUAUUGGGAACCUUGCUUGCCAUGAAGUAUCACGCAAACAAAUCGCCUCUGUAAAAGGAUUGGUUGAAAUUAUUGUGGAACAACUAUUUGUAGAUGACACUCCAUGCUUGUGUGAAGAAUUUAGGUUAUUAACUUUGUGUCUUCAAGGUAAUGAAAGUAUAACUUGGGCUAAAGCCCUGCAGCCUGAGAAUGUUUUAUCCCGUGUAUUAUGGGUUGUAGAAAACACAUUGAAUCCACAACUUAUAGAAAAGAGUGUAGGUUUUCUGUUGACUAUAUCAGAAAGUCAAGAUGAAGUAAAAGCUAUUCUUCUCCCAAACUUGGUGAAAUUAGGUCUUCCAGUAAUUCUAAUUAACCUCUUGGCAUUUGAGAUUACCAAAGUUGUGGGAGAUGAACGAAUACCCGAAAGGUACCCAGUUCUUGAUAUCAUUCUUCGGGCUAUUGAAGCACUAACUGUAAUAGACAGCUAUUCACAAGAGCUUUGUUCCAGUAAAAAACUUGUUCAUCUUCUUGCCACUCUGAUUAAACUUGGUGAUAAAAUUGAGGUAGCUACCUCAUGUGUGACAGCUGCUGUUCUAAUUGCCAAUCUUUUGAGUGACUCUGAUGAUCUGAUUUUAGAGAUAAAUCAAGAUUUGCCUUUCUUACAGGGUCUUGUGGAUAUAUUCCCUUUUGCUUCGGAUGAUUUAGAAGCUAGAAAUGCAGUUUGGGAUAUCAUUUCAAGAUUAUUGGGUCAAAUUCAAGAAGGAGAAAUAAGCUCUUUAAAUCUCCAACAAUAUGUAUCGAUUCUAUCAAGCAAAUCAGAUUUGAUAGAAGAAGAGCUCCUUGAUCACCAGUUAGCUGCUACAAAUAAAGAUCAAGAAACUUCAACCGCUUCCAUAAGAACUACAGCACUGAAAAGGAUUGAUUGUAUUGUAAGUAAAUGGUUAGCAUUAAAGGAUGGGGUUAGCCCUAGCAAAUUUGGGGUGAAUGAACGUGAUCUUGAUAGAUUAAAGGACUGCUGUUGUAAAUAUAGCAAUUUGGUGAUCAAAGAUGUGAAAGGUUCACCAGAGAAGAUGCUUGCAUGAAAAACUUGUAAGUAAUAUAUUGUUGUUGAUCUUGAAUGGUGUAGGCGUUUGUUUAAAAUUUGACAUGUCACUGAAUAGUGUAAAUUGGUUGCUAUUUUGUGUUAAAAAAACCUACUCUACCGUGCUCUAAACUUUAAAAUAGGUUUUGAACGACUUUUGACUUUG